AAAACUUUAACACCGAUUUGGAAGUCGACCUGUUGGACAGCAACUAAACCGAAACUUCCCAUCUCGCUGCGGUUCCGAUCUAUCGUCUUCUUCGUCGUCGGGUAAAUUAGGUGCCGUCAAAUAGUAAAAUCACUCAAAAGAAAAAACCACGCAAUCUCGAUCGCUCUCUCUCGUCUUUUGAGUGGUUUUAGAGUUUUAUCACUUGAAAUUAAGGGAGAUGGAAAAAGUGAUGAAUAUAUUGAAGCCGAAGGCAAACCCUCAACAGCUUUUGAGGGAUUGGCAGCGCCGCCUUCGCCAAGAGUGUCGCAACAUCGAACGCCAAAUCCGAGAUAUACAGAGAGAAGAAAAGAAUGUACAGAAAGCAAUUAAAGAAGCUGCCAAGAGAAACGAUAUGGGUUCUGCUAAGGCACUUGCUAAAGAGCUUGUAAGAUCUAGAAAAACUGUCAACAGGCUGUAUGAAAAUAAGGCACAGUUGAAUUCAAUAUCCAUGCACCUCGGAGAAAGUGUUGCCAUUGCUCGCACAGUAGGACAUUUGUCCAAGAGUGCUGAAGUCAUGAAGCUUGUCAAUAAUCUUAUGAAGGCCCCAGAAGUGGCUCGAACAAUGCAAGAGUUCAGUAAAGAAAUGACCAAGGCUGGUGUUAUUGAAGAGAUGAUGAAUGAUGCCGUGGACAAUGCAUUGGAUUCAGAAGACAUAGAAGAGGAAACUGAAGAAGAAAUUGAUAAGGUUUUGACAGCAAUUGCCGGUGAGACUGCUGCAGAGCUGCCUGAAGCAGUCAGAAAGCAAAAACUAAAGCAACCGGCACAAGAAGUAGAAGACACCGAGGGCGCCGACGAUGAGGAAGAGCUGGAGGAACUAAGAGCCCGUCUUGCUAAAGUCCGCUCUUAAGCAAACUAAAUUACUUCUCCCAUUCCCUCGGCUACACAAUGUAAACACAUUCUUAACAUAAGUAACAUUAUAACAGACACCUUGCCUGGUAUCCAUGUAGUAAUAUGUUUUUCAGUGUGUUCUGUAGUUCUUGUAUCAUAGGAUAAUGUCCCAUUUGAACUAAAUUAAUGAAAGUGAUGUUUGUAAUAUACUGAAUAUUGGGUCAAA